CCGGAAGUGGCGGCUGGCCAGCGAGCGGAUGGCGGCGGUGGCUGCGAUGACGGCUGCGGGCGGCGGCGGGGCUGGUGCGGCCCGCUCCCUCUCGCGCUUUCGAGGCUGCCUGGCUGGCGCGUUGCUCGGGGACUGUGUGGGCGCCAUCUACGAGGCCCACGACACCGUCGACCUGACGUCAGUCCUGCGUCACGUCCAGAGCCUGGAGCCCGACCCCGGCACGCCGGGGAGCGCGCGGACAGAAGCCUUGUACUACACAGAUGACACAGCCAUGGCCAGGGCCCUGGUGCAGUCCCUGCUGGCCAAGGAGGCCUUUGACGAAGUGGACAUGGCUCACAGGUUUGCUCAGGAGUACAAGAAAGACCCUGACAGGGGUUAUGGUGCUGGAGUAAUCACUGUCUUCAAGAAGCUCCUGAACCCCAAGUGUCGUGAUGUCUAUGAGCCUGCCCGUGCCCAGUUUAAUGGGAAAGGCUCCUAUGGCAACGGGGGCGCCAUGCGGGUGGCCGGCAUCUCCCUGGCCUAUAGCAGUGUCCAGGAUGUACAGAAGUUUGCCCGGCUCUCAGCCCAGCUGACACACGCCUCCUCCCUGGGUUACAAUGGUGCCAUCCUGCAGGCCCUGGCUGUGCACCUGGCUUUGCAGGGCGAGUCUUCCAGUGAGCACUUCCUCGAGCAACUCCUGGGCCACAUGGAGGAGCUGGAGGGUGAUGCCCAGUCUGUCCUGGAUGCCAGGGAGUUGGGCAUGGAGGAGCGUCCAUACUCCAGCCGCCUGAAGAAGAUCGGGGAGCUUCUAGACCAGGACUCGGUGUCCAGAGAGGACGUGGUGUCCGAGCUAGGGAAUGGCAUUGCUGCCUUUGAGUCUGUGCCCACCGCCAUCUACUGCUUCCUGCGCUGCAUGGAGCCCGACCCCGAGAUCCCCUCUGCCUUCAAUAGCCUCCAAAGGACUCUCAUCUAUUCCAUCUCACUUGGUGGGGACACAGACACCAUUGCCACCAUGGCUGGGGCCAUUGCUGGUGCCUACUAUGGGAUGGAUCAGGUGCCAGAGAGCUGGCAGCAAAGCUGUGAGGGCUAUGAGGAGACAGAUGUCCUGGCCCAGAGCCUGCACCGGGUCUUCCAGAAGAGUCUGUGAGGGCCACAGCUGCUGGGGCUCUGCCAUGUCCAGUGCGACCAGCUACAGCUCAGAUCGGAAACCCUGAGAUUCCUCAAACUUGGCUCCCCUGCCUCCGUCUUCCUGUGGUGUGGGCUGGGGUCUUUCUGGGGGAAGUCAUCGGAGCAGUGAGUGAGGCACUGACGCCUCCCUCGUGCCGGGUCUCUGGCUUGCUGCAGAGCUGUAGGUGCUCCCUGGCUCCUCAGUGAGACCUGAGAGACCAGGGUGGUUUAUUUUAGAUAAUACAUAUGGCAUUUUCUCAUCUAGGACAUGGGGUUUGGGGAAGGGGAAAUGAUCUGCAGUAGCAUCAUUUCUCCCUGUUGGGUUUUGGCCAAUUUGCCAGCAAGCCUGCCCUUGACUGGGCAGGGCCCCCAAGCAGCAGGGCAUGUGGAUCAAGGGCCAGGCACUAGAUUCCAGCUAAUCUAGGUCCACACCUAGCCCUUCACUAUCGUGGGGCUUGUUAACAGCUUCCAGUGGAAGUCACAGCAAUAAACAGCUUUUGGUAAAUCCCA